AUGCACAAAGUACUGGAAGUAGCAGUGGCCGCCAAAAGUUUGGGACUUCUUACAGUCCUGGCGACUACGAGCAGAGGGACUAGUGAGAAGCGUUUGCCGCAGAUGGGUGGGAAGCGUCUACCGCGAUCGCACGUACCAACCCUACGAAUACACGAGGGCAGCGUCGUCAGUAAGCUGCUGCACCCUUUGUCGAACGAAGAGUACGCGGGAUUAUGCAGGAUAUUGGAGACGGCAGUUGCUGCAAAACGCGUUAAGCUUCAUGCAGCCUUGAGCGCCAUUCGCAGAGAGUAUCCUUCAGCCGGGUCGCCUGUUCAGGCCGUGGAGAAGGAAGUGGGGGCGGCAGAGAGGGAGCUACAAGUGAUCUUGGCCGCCAAGUGUAGGCAGACGCCUUCACCGACUGCCUCGGCGUGGUCUUUGGGCACCUCAACUAGCCGGAGUGGCCGUAAAUGGAAGCCGACGGUGAAGGCGCGGCAGAACUUUAAAGCGGUGUUGGGCGAUGGUGGUAGGCAGGCAGCAUAUUCGAAGCAGCGAGAGGCGGAGAGACUGUAA